CAAACCUCCACCACUCGGAAGAUCAUCCUUACCAAUACAAAGGGACAUAAAUCCCAAAGUCGAUACACACACUUUAUACAAUAACCGAUCCUAUAUAAUACCUUUCCUAACACUGCAAAGAUACUAACCUCAUAUUUUCCAUUUAAUCUGCAUGACCGCAAUCGGAGAGGGAGUUAAAAACAUGGCUUUGUGAGAGUGGGAACGCGGAGGUGAACACACAGACACCAGCGGAAGUCCAUUUGAAUGGAGCAAGAACCACCAACACAAAAGACGUAAGAGGAAAACGACACAGCAGAGUCAAAGUUACAGUUUGGGGUGUAUUCACUGCCAGAAGACAUUCACCGCCAGGAUUAUGGACAGGGCAGCACACAUGAAGAAAAGGACUGAACUAUCGGAUGAGGAUGAACCAAUCGAAGAACAAAGACAAUACACUCAAGUGCAGAGAAGACUGAAUUACAAUGGGAAUUGCGCGGACCUGCCUAAGGAUCAUGAAAUUGUGGCUUUGAGGAAUCCGUUUGUGCGGGAUUUUUUUUAUCUUUAUAUCAUUGGUCUGUAAAUCUAAUAAGUAGACGUAGGAUAGAUUUAGGGCAGGACACCCGACUCGGAAAAAGACCACAGAUGCCUCACUUUUGGUGUUAGGACGAGGGAUGUUAGUAUGUUACAUUGCGAGUGACCAUAUAACUAAAUGGGUUUUAAGUGGUGUCUAAUUAGUUUUGCAGAGCCUUCCUUUUUCCUUUGUGUGAGAGAGGUAAAACCAGAGAGUUGAGAGCUGAGUGUUCUCCUCCUUCCUUGAUGUCCUUUGUGUGGAACCUUGGGAGUGUAAACAUGUUGAGUGGUGGAGUGAGUCUAGCCUAGAGUGGUGUAUGUGAGUAGAGUGUGUAGAAAGACCUGAGCCGGAGACGGAAACGAUCCUCACAGUGGUAUCAGAGCCAGGUUCGUCGUCUGCCGCCGACCACCGCCGCCGCCAUCGAUUGGAGCUCGCCGGAGGUCCUGGAGCUGCCUAGCCGUUCGCACAAGCUCACUGAGGUCACUGUUCGCUGAAAUCAAGGUCGCUGGGAGCUCAAGACGCCAUUGCCAGAAGCUCGCCGUCGCCUGGGAGAUCCGCCGCAGGAUUCGCCGGUUGCAGAGGAGCCUUCGCCGGAAUCCGUCACGGUGGUCGCCCGUCGCUUGGAAGCUCUGCCAACCGCCAUCUGUUCGCCGGGGAACUCUUCGCUCGUCGCUCGCCGUCGGAGGAUGCUCAGGGCUGGACGCGUCGCGUCCUUCGAAGAAGUCUGUGGAGUCGCGCAGGGGCAAUGACGAAUAACACUUCGUUAGUAUUGGGCCCUCUGCUGACUUAGACUGCUGGACGGGCUGGAAUUUGGGCCGCUGGACUGCUACUGGGCUUCUGGGCUAGUCUAAUUGACUGCUGGGAGCUGAUGUUGGACUGCUGACCUGCUAACCUGGACUGCUGGAGCAGUCUACUUAAGCUUCUGAAUUGUUGCUGGGCUUGUAGAUUUGGGCCGUUGGAGCUGCUGGAGCUAGACCUGGACUGCUGGACCUGGGCUAGUCAACCGCCGGUCAACGGCAGUCAACCCCUCCAGAAAAAUCCCAAUUUUUUUAAAUUUGGGUAGGUAAGGUCGAAACGAUCUCCUAGGGUUUCGCGAAGGUAAGUUUUCUGUAAACUUCUCAUUUGUUAUAUUCCGUUUUUAAUUUAAUUUAAUUUUAUUCCCCCUCCCCGCGGGCCGCCGGUUGAUUUAAUCCCGGCCGCCAACCCCCCAGGUACGUUCUAAACCCUCUCCUUUGUGGUUGAUUGUUUUAGUUGAUUAAUUAAAUUGCUAAGUGUUAUUUAAUUUAAUUGUUAUUUGUAGGGGUGGUUUAUUGGGUGGUAGGGGUAGAAUUAAUUAUUUUUUAAUUUUCUGCCCGGAAUUGUUUUAUUGCCAUAAGUGUCCAAUUUUGCUAUGUGUUGCAUGCUGCCCGGGGUUAUUAAAGUGAAUACUUUAUAGCCCAGGUUGAAUUAUUUUCUGUCAUUUCAGUCUGUUUAGCUUUGUGUUCCUUUUGUGGUUGAUACCAUGGUUGCGAAUCAGUAUGGUAUGCUUCCAUUUAAUGGAAAAACAGAUUUUGAUAUUUGGAAACAGAAAAUAAAAUGUGUUCUAAUACAGCAAAAAGUUUUCAGAGCUGUCACUGGUAUUUUCCUUGAAUCAGAAGAUAAGGCUAAGCAAAUUGAAAUGAACGAAACUGCUUGUUCUACUAUUUACUUGAAUCUGUCUGAUUCUGUGCUUAGGAAAGUGGGUAUUCUUGAGUCCGCUAAGGAGUUGUGGGAGAAAUUGGAUAGUCUCUAUACUGAUACCUCUUUGCCCGGGAAGUUGUUCUUACUAGAGAAAUUCUUUAGGUUUAGGCUUGACCUGACUAAGGAUAUAGAUGAGAACCUGGAUGUGUUUAAUAAACUGAUACAGAAUAUCAAAUAGGCAGGUGAUAAACACAUAGACGAUUAUACUCCCAUAGUAUUACUUAAUGUCAUUCCCGAC